CUUACAGAGUCACCAAAAGAACCAGAAAGCAACACAUCAUAAACUCAACCAGGCUUGUGAACAAGAGUGAAAUACCAGGAUCCUGACUUUCUGCUCUGUGACCUUGAGCAAAAGAUGUGUGAAACAAAGAACUCAACAGUGGCUCACCCAAUCCCUCUAGGUCUGGCCCUGGGUAGCAUCUCGCUGAUCACAGUCAUCAUGAAUAUUUUGGUCCUGUAUGCAGUGAAAAGAGAAAGAAAGCUGCAUACAGUUGGGAACCUUUACAUUGUCAGCCUAUCAGUCGCAGACCUUAUAGUUGGUGUAGCUGUUAUGCCGCUGAACAUUAUGUACCUACUGAAUCACGAAUGGGUACUGGGCAGACCAGCCUGUCAGUUCUGGCUCUCAAUGGAUUAUGUAGCCUCCACAGCCUCCAUCUUCAACCUUUUUAUAUUGUGCAUAGAUCGUUACCGUUCAGUUCAGCAGCCACUCAAGUAUCUCAAGUACCGGACCAAAAGUAGAGCUUUGGUAAUGAUUUCUGGAGCUUGGCUGAUUUCUCUUUUGUGGAUCAUCCCGAUUCUAGGCUGGCAUGCUUUUGCCAAUGGAGGGAAAUGGAAAGUGGAAGAAAAGACCUGUGAAACAGAGUUCUCCAAAGUCAGGUGGUUUAAAGUGUUGACGGCCAUUGUCAACUUCUAUGUCCCAUCUUUACUGAUGUUAUGGUUAUAUGCAAAAAUAUACAAGGCUGUCCGGAAACACUAUCAGCACCGAGAGCUCAUCAAUGGAUCGUUUCGGUCUUUCUCAGAAAGCAAAUGUAUACAUCGUGAUAAGGUGCAGGAAAAGCAAAACAUUGGCCACAAAAAGCCAAAUAAAGAUAUAAACACGAGUCUUUUGAAAGGAAGCUCUGUAGACCCUUGCUGCAAUGUAAAUCUCUACUUCCCUCAGUCCAAAAGUAUGGAGGCAAAGCUUGAAGUCAGCAGCUUUGACAAACCCCCAAAGGCUUUCAUUACAGAAGCUGACAGCAAAGUUGUAAAACUGAGCUGUUUUCCCCUUGCCAUUACCCAGAUUCAGCCAGGGCCAGAUAAAGUGGGAAUGAAGUAUGUGCCUGUCAAGAAGGGGCCUUGCUCACAGGCUCCAGAACUGACACAGAGUGACACGUCAGAUGAGCACACUUUCAUUGAGGGGGCCUCCUGUAAAAAUGACUCUGAUCUCACCCCGAUCCCAGCAACUUCUAGUGCUGAGGAAAAGACUAACAAAGACGCUGCAGGCCUCAGUUACCUGAAGAGCACCUGGCGGAGACUGCGCACCCAGUCCAUGCAAGGGGUGCAUGUGAACAGGGAGAGGAAAGCAGCCAAGCAGCUGGGUUUCAUAAUGGCAGCUUUUAUGCUGUGCUGGAUUCCCUAUUUUGUGCUGUUUAUGGUAAUAGCCUAUUGUCAAAGCUGUUGCAAUUACAGUUUCCAUAUGUUCACUAUUUGGCUUGGUUAUGUGAACUCCACUUUAAAUCCAUUCAUCUAUCCCCUCUGUAACGAGAACUUCAAGAAGACAUUCAAAAAGAUCUUUCAUAUUCACUCAUAAUACCUCAUCAGGCUGUUUUUAUUUGGGGUGAAAAAAAAGUGAAUCCAUGAUUUUUCAAAGAAAGAAAAACUUUCCAGUUUCAAAGGAAAUUAUGAAUGAGGUAGAAGGCUUUACAAAUUUAAUUCGUAGAACUAUCACGUGAAAACACGUAUUUACAUGACAAAUAAGAGCUUUAAAGUUCAAAGUAUUUAAAGGGGAACUGGCUUUGACCAGGAUUCCUGAAAACUCAGGGCUCAGUCUCAGGACUGCUAUGCUAAUGUACAUAUUUUACAACUUUUAAGACUUCCUUUUUCCAUUCUGUAGAACAUAACUGGAGAAAUAGACAGAAAUCUUCAGUGGUUAUGAGCUAAUUAGAUAUGGAAAGAAAAAAGACUUCAGUUUAUAUGUUCACUCUAAUGUUCAUGUUGUCUUCUGUAACUUACUUUUUUUUUAAAAGUUAACCUGGAGACAUGCUGCUUGUUAAAGGCAAGAUCUCCUACAAGAUAUGGUAUUUCAUGUAGUCAAAGUCUGAUCUUGAACUGUUUGAAAAUGUACCCUAUUUAUUUAUAAAUUCCCCCAGAAUCAUGCACUUUUAGAGAUACCAAGUUGCAUUGUCACGUACUAUAGAAACUUUUGAUAUUGUGUUUGUGUUGAUUUCCAGCAGCAUUGUUCAUUUUAUUGGAAAAGAGAUCAAUAUUUUUUCUAUAUGCUAAAAUUUUACCAUAUUUAAAAAGACUUCUCAAACCCACCAUACUAUAGUCACCUUUGCUAAAAGAGAAUACAAUUGUUUCUAAACUUGUACUGUAAUCUACUUUUUCCUCCUUCCUACAACUAGGACAAGCCCUAGCAAGUUUCCCUAAAGCUGGUGCAAAUAUGCACACAUUAGGUGAACUCUUCACACAAAGCUGCAUACAGCAACUGAUCUUUUCAAGGAAAGUGAAUAAUUCGAGUACAUUUUCCUUUCCCAUCAUUUAAGUUUAAUUGCAUCUUACAAGCCACACUGUAAUGGCUAUUACACAUUUCCUGAACUAAGCUAUGAAUGGACCACUUGUGCCAAGAAAACAAGCAGCUUGAUUUGGAAGGACUGGAGAGCCUUGCAGAGGUGACACUAACAAUCUGACACUUGCCUAUGCAUUGGCUGACUCCUUUGCCCCCUAUAGCUACAGUGUACCAGUAAUCCCCAGAAACAGACACGCCCUUCCACACAAUAGGAAUGAACCUCUACCCCAGUGAGUGCAUUUAGAUAUAGAUUUCUAAAUAUGUAUUAAUUAAAGGUCAGAGGAAGACAAUAAAAUAUAGUUCCUUAGAGCAGUAGUUUUCAACCUGUGGUCGGUGGAGGUCUGCAGACUGUGUCUACACUAUGAAAUUAUGUCGAAUUUAUAGAAGUCGAUUUUUUAGGAAGCGAUUUUAUACAGUCGAUUGUGUGU